GCCGCCGAAGGAAGGAUUUCCUAAUCACGGAUGCUCUUUUACCUUACAAUCCAAUCCCUUAAUGUUUGUUAGCGGGGGACUUUCCAAGACCUGAAGGUCAGACAUUUACACCUGUGGCAACAGGUUGUCUCGAGGUAUACUAAGAUGUCUUUGACGUUCCACUCGGACAAACUCCCGGCCCUAUCCGGAAUUGUGAAGCACUUGGAGCCGGUAAUGGGCCCCCCUACGACCUAUCUUGCUGGAAUCUGGAAAGAUCAGUACAUGGCCCUCCAACUCGGCUGGUUCGCCACUCUCCAUCGACGUCGCCAAGAAAUGACAACUCCGGGACUCCAUCAUGGUCACGGGCUGCGAUCGGCCAGCCCGUGUCGUCGUGCCCUCAUGCAAUCUGCUUCGAGUUUGGGGGUGUGUAUCAUCACAUCGGACGUGUGGACAAGGCAUGCAGCAUUAUGGAUGCUCAGACAAACCCCAACACGGAAGAUCCAACACGGAAGAUCCAACAGGGUCGGUAGCUGGGGGAUUCGUGGUCAUCGAGGACACCUGAAUCGAGAAGAUGUUGACGAGCAGGCCAGGAAGAUAUUCAGCCUGUUCACGUCGGCACAGCUGCCCUCGCACGACAUAAGAUUCGCCAACACGGAGCCCGCCUUGCUGGCGCUGGCAGCCAGCGCAACGGCCAUGAACAGUGCAAACAGCGCCACGAGCGCCGUGUUGAUGGCUGCCGCAAGCCGCCAUCUUUCGCGCGGGAGCCGCGACGCCAGAAACCCCAUGGCUGAAAAGCGCAGCACCGCAGCGGCUGUCGAUAGUUGCAGUGUUCAACUGCAAUGGGAUCUGCUCCUAUCAUGAGCCCGUCGUCCAUUUUUUCGCCAUGGGAGAAACUGAAAAGCGUCAUUUGUUCUGCCUUAACUACCGAGUACCUGUUCUGCCUUAAUUACCGAGUACCAAGAUGCCUUCUCUUUCGCACCCACCUCUGCUACUACUUCCGGAACAAACAAGUCGUUCUAGAACAUGUGGGCAUCAAUUAAUUUCUCAAAAUUUUGGAAGGGAGGUUCAGCAAUCUGUAUUGUAAGCGUCUUGAGAAAUUUGC